GGUUAAAAGGUUUGUCUUAUAUUUUUUUGCCUAACAUUUAUAUAAUUUUUUUGUACGUUUUCACUUGGUUGGGCAAUGUUUUAGUUUUUACAAAAGAUCCAGUUAUAAUUUAUUAGUUUUUUUCGAAUGCUAAACGACAGUGAGCACAACCCUAACUUUCUUCAUAGAAAAGAGUGACAUACUUUCACAUCAUUUAUUUACAUUUUUAGAACCGAACAAUUCUUUAAGGUAAAUGAAAAUUAGCAGUUUGCUUCAAUAGUCUGUAGUAAUUUACGAAAAUUACAGUAAUGAGGGAAAAAAGCUAGAAACUAAAAGUACAUACUGUAAUUCAAACAAAUAAUUGAGGGGCUAAAACAAGACACCUGCUUAGCCUUUCAGCUGAAAAUGCAAUCAGCAGUGUUUGAAAGGCACAAUGCUGAAAUCUUUUCUGUUUUGAAUGAGUGGUUUACAGUUUUGACAGCGGUGGGUUAGCAUUUGAACAAAGUGCUGUAAAUCCACAGUGUUGUGCAGGUUUUGGUUAAAGUCAUGGGAUAAGUGUGUAAAGUUUUAAACUGUGUUCAAGCAAAGAAACAUGAACUAGAGUUUGGUCCACAUGAACUGCUGCUGUGCAGACUGUAGUUAGAGUUUUGCACACGUGACUCCAGUUAUGCCCACUGUCGUUUAGCAAUCAAAAAAACUGUAAUGUAAAGACUGAUAAUACUCACUGUAUCCAUUUUUGUUAUUGCUAUUAUUUUAAAACUUUUUUGUUGCCUAAAGUUCACUUUCAGAAAGAGAAGGGGACUGCCCCAGACACUGAAUUAACCCUCAACGUUGCUGAAGAACCACAGACUGCCCUAGACACUGAAUUAACCCUCAACGUUGCGGAAGAACCACAGACUGCCCUAGACACUGAAUUAACCCUCAACGUUGCUGAAGAACCACAGACUGCCCUAGACACUGAAUUAACCCUCAACGUUGCGGAAGAACCACAGACUGCCCUAGACACUGAAUUAACCCUCAACGUUGCUGAAGAACCACAGACUGACCCACAACCAGUGAACUCUGCACUUGAGUCCCGUGAUUGUAAACCAUCAACUGCCACCAAAAGAAAAAAAGAGCCAAUUAAAAAAAGAAAAGAGGUAAAGUACAUAUAUGGCAAACAAACUAUUUUAAAGGGUUAGAUCAGGAUUUUAGACAUGAAUCUCUAUAGCUUCCCCAUAAGCAGUGUGGUGCAUUGACCAUGACUUACCCGCGACAGCGUCCUGUGAGCCGAGCUCCGGUCCAGUUUUUGUCAAGAUUAAAUUAGUCCGGCAAGUUUGCUGGGGUCACGGCAAUAAAGCUUUUUUCUUCUCAAAUCAAUAUGUGUUCAAAAGAGUGAUAUAUUUGAAGCACAAAACCGCUGUCUAUGGAGAGGUCAGACCUCGUAAUGGCUUGGCACUAUUUUCUUCCCUGUCAUAUCACUGCGCGCUGCCGCUACCUACAGCCAGCUGGGAGCCGCGCACGUGUCACUUUGUUUACAACUCGUAAAGAGAACGAUAACAUGUCUGACUACAGCAGCGACGAUGACAACAUUGACUUCGACACACAGCCAAAAGGAUAUCUUUACGAACCUGAAUACACAGAUGACGAGUUACGCCAGAUGGAGUUAGAAAGGACAGAAAGAGAGAGGAUGGACAGAGAAGUUGAACAAGUUGAAGCUGGAGCCACAGCUGCUGCAGUGAGACAUCGAGUGGCCGACAAAUGGUGGUGUACUUGUUUUAAGUGUGAACUAAUGCAGACAGAAGUGGAGUCCUACUGCUGCCACGAAUUUGAUCUCAUCAUGCCACAGAUCCAAGACCUUUCUAUUGAUGAGGACGCCAGCGUACCAGCUUCGGUCUGCAUCACAAAUCACAAGGACUUUCCUGCAAUCCUGAAUGCUGGUGUCUUGCAGACCUUUUUCCACAUUCCGAAAAUUAACUGGAAGAAGCGUCCCAGGCCAGCAGGACCCAACGGUCAGUUGUCCUCAGAGUAAGUACUUUUUUAUAGUAUUUUACAGUCUUAUAAUGUACAAAUUUCAAAUGACUAAUUAGGGCUUAUUUUAUGCAUUAGUAUGAGUGCAGGUAAUAGGCAACUACUUAUUUUUUACAAUCCCAAACUGUACUACUAUAUAUAUAAAUCUAUAUAUAUAUAUAAAUAUAUAUA